UCCAAUGCCACCCAACUCUCUCUCCACCUCUCUCAAUUCCAAAGACACCCAUUUCAGAGAAAAGCCAUAUCAAUGGCCACUUCCAACGCACAAAACGAAGGCAUGUUCAUGGUCUUCUCACACCCAUCUCCCCACAUACAUGAAGCCAUCUCCUUUCUCCAAAGCCCCAUCUUCCUACAUAUCUUUUCAGCCUCCACCCAUCUUGCUUUGAUGCUCCUUCUUUCCAUGACAUGGGUCAUCAAGAGAUGUAACAUGGUGAACCCUGGACAUUCAGAACAGAGGCCAAAAGUCCGUAGCUUUUCGUAUUACAAGCUUGCCCUUUUCUCUUCUUUGGGUCUCUCUUUAUUUCAUCUUGUUCUUUGCAUUUUCAACUAUGUUUGGGAUGGAUAUGGUUGGUCUGAUGACAAUCUCUCCCUCCAAUUGGAUUUAGUAUUUAGAACUCUUUCUUGGUUCAUAAUCUCAGCAUACUUGCAUUUUGAGUUCCAUCAUUCGAAAGAGGAGAAAUUCACAAUUCUUCUGAGGAUUUGGUGGUGCUUCUACUUCUUCAUGUGUUCUUCGUUCUUCGCUCUGGACCUCAUUUACUAUCAAAAACUUGGAAUUCUUCCAACCCAUUUGUGGGUUUUGGAUUGUGGGUCAGUUCUCAUUAGUUUCUUCCUUUGUUAUGCUGGAUUGUAUGGAAAAAAGAAUGGAGAAGAAGAGAUGCGCCUUCUUGAAGAGCCUCUUUUGAAUGGGAAUAACGUUGGUGGAUCUUCCAAUAGGAGCAAGAAGGAUAAUGUAACUCCAUAUGCAAAUGCUCGUCUUUUUAGCCUUCUUACUUUCUCUUGGAUGAAUCCAUUGCUUAAAGUUGGUAAUAAGAAGACAUUAGACCUCGACGAUGUUCCUCAGCUUGCCAAUGAUGAUAGUGUUAAUGGGAUCUUCUCUGUUCUAAGAAAUAAGCUUGAAGAAGAUAGUACUAGUAGUAGAGUUGGAACAUUGAAAUUGGCGAAUGCGUUGUUUUUCUCCGUGUGGAAAGAAGUGCUAUGGACAGUUCUGUUCUCGCUUCUAUACACGGCGUCUACUUACGUGGGUCCCUACCUUAUUGAUACCUUUUAUCAAUACCUUAAUGGCCGUUCAGAAUUCGCAAACGAAGGGUACGUUCUGGUUUCUGCAUUCUCCACUGCGAAGCUUGUUGAAUGCCUUUCACAGCGGCAUUGGUUCUUCAGGAUGCAGCAGGUCGGGAUCCGGGUCCGUGCAGCUCUGAUCGCGAUGAUAUAUAAGAAGGGUAUGUCGCUAUCGAUCCGGUCGAGGCAGGGUCAUACUAGUGGAGAGAUCAUCAAUUUCAUGACUGUUGAUGCAGAACGUCUUGGGGAUUUCAGCUUUUAUAUGAAUGAUAUAUGGACGGUCCCCAUGCAAAUCAUGCUGGCUUUGUUGAUCUUGUACAAGAAUCUUGGGCUGGCUUCAAUUGCGGCUUUUGUAGCGACCAUUGUUGUUAUGCUGAUGAAUGUCCCGUUGGGAAAGUUGCAAGAGAAGUACCAGAAGAAGCUGAUGGAAUCAAAAGAUGUGAGGAUGAAAGCGACGACUGAGAUCCUCCGGAACAUGAGGAUCCUCAAGCUCCAAGGGUGGGAGAUGAAGUUCUUGUCCAAGAUAGCCGUGCUAAGGAAGAAUGAAACGAAUUGGUUGAAGAGAUUUGUCUACUCAUUGGCUUUGAUAAUGUUCAUCUUCUGGGGCGCACCCACAUUUGUGUCUGUGGCUACAUUCGGGUUUUGCGUGCUUAUGGGGAUACCGCUAGAAUCAGGAAAGAUUCUAUCUGCUCUUGCAACAUUCAGGAUAUUACAGGAGCCCAUUUAUCGUCUCCCCGAAUUGCUUUCCAUGGUUGCUCAGGCAAAGGUUUCUCUUGAUAGACUUGUAUCGUUCCUUUGCCUUGAGGACCUUCAGACAGACGCAGUAGAGAAGCUUCCCGGAGGUAGUUCCAAUGUUGCGGUCGAAGUGAUAGAUGGGAAUUUCUCCUGGGAUCUGUCUUCAUCGAAUCCGACUCUGAAAGAUUUGAAUUUUCGAGUAUUACAUGGGAUGAAGGUGGCUAUUUGUGGAACAGUUGGGUCGGGAAAGUCGAGCUUGCUUUCUUGCAUCUUAGGAGAAGUGCCAAAGAUAUCUGGGACUGUUAAAUUGUGUGGGGCCAAGGCCUAUGUUGCUCAGUCGCCGUGGAUACAGAGUGGGAAAAUUGAAGAAAAUAUAUUGUUUGGUAAGGAAAUGGAUAGGGAGAAGUAUGAUUGUGUUCUUGACGCAUGUUCACUGAAGAAAGACUUGGAAAUUCUAGCAUUUGGCGAUCAGACAGUCAUAGGUGAGAGAGGGAUCAACUUAAGCGGUGGACAGAAGCAAAGGGUUCAGAUCGCACGUGCUCUGUAUCAGGACGCGGACAUUUAUCUGUUUGAUGAUCCUUUCAGUGCUGUUGAUGCUCACACGGGAAGCCAUCUCUUUAACGAGUGUCUACUUGGGAUGUUAGGAUCGAAGACGGUGAUCUAUGUUACCCAUCAAGUGGAGUUUUUACCUUCCGCCGAUCUUAUCCUGGUACUGAGAGAUGGGAGGAUUACACAAGCCGGAAAAUACAAUGAUAUUCUCAAUUCGGGAACGGACUUUAUGGAACUUGUUAGUGCACAUAAGCAAGCUUUGUCAGCCCUUGAUUCUAUAGAGAUAGAGGAUGAUUCUGAAGCAAAUACUAAUGUGGAAGGCAGUUCCAGUGAUAUUGGAAGUAGCAAACGAACGGCCCCACACGCGGAAGUAGAGAAGAGAGAAGAUCAGAAUGUUAAGAACGAUGAAACGAUUGGGCAGAAGGGGCAGCUCGUUCAAGAUGAAGAAAGGGAGAAAGGCAAGGUUAGCCUAUCAGUCUAUUGGAAAUACAUUACAAUGGCAUAUAGAGGAGCUCUCUUACCAUUGAUAUUGCUAGCCCAGAUUCUCUUUCUGAUCCUUCAGAUUGGUAGCAAUUACUGGAUGGCUUCGGCAGCUCCAGCGCCAACAGAUACAAGAGCCCCAGUUGAAGGAUCGGUUCUCAUUCGCAUCUAUGUUGCUUUGGCAAUUGGAAGCUCCAUUUGCGUUCUUAUUAAAGAUUUGCUUCUCGUUACAUCUGGAUUUAAGACGGCGACUCUAUUGUUCAAUAAAAUGCAUAUGUGUAUAUUCCGUGCCCCCAUGUCAUUCUUCGAUGCUACUCCAAGCGGACGUAUCCUCAAUAGAGUGUCAACUGAUCAAAGUGCAGUAGAUAUAGCCAUUCCCCUUCAAAUUGGGUCAUUUGCUUUUUCAGCCAUUCAGCUGCUGGGAGUCAUUGUAGUAAUGUCACAGGUGGCGUGGCCAGUCUUCAUCAUUUUCAUCCCUAUGAUUGCGACCGGCAUUUGGUACCAGCAAUAUUACAUACCUACAUCACGAGAGCUAGCGCGUCUGGUUGGAGUCUGCAAAGCUCCAAAAAUACAACACUUUUCUGAAUCUUUAUCGGGAUCGACGACAAUCAGGAGUUUUGACCAGGAAUCAAGAUUCAUGGACAUAAAUCUACGCUUGAUCGAUGCAUAUUCACGACCCAAAUUCCAUACUGCUGGGGCAAUGGAGUGGUUGUGCUUCCGCUUGGAUAUCUUGUCGUCCAUCACAUACGUCUUUUGUUUGGUUUUCUUGGUAUCAGUACCGAAGGGAGUAGUAGAUCCAGGCAUUGCAGGCUUAACAGUAAUGUAUGGGCUUAAUUUGAACUUACUACAGACUUGGUUCAUAUGGAAUCUAUGCAAUCUUGAGAACAAAAUCAUAUCUGUGGAGAGAAUAUUUCAAUACAUGAGCAUUCCUAGUGAACCCCCUCUUGUCAUAGAAGCUAAUAGGCCAGGCCCUGAUUGGCCAAUGAAAGGAAAAGUCGAUAUUCAUGAUUUGCAGGUUCGUUAUGCCCCACAUAUGCCCCUUGUUUUGAGAGGUCUUACAUGCACUUUCUUGGGUGGGAUGAAGACUGGAAUUGUUGGGAGGACAGGCAGUGGAAAAUCCACCCUCAUACAGACACUCUUCCGCAUCAUUGAUCCGGUUGCUGGUCAGAUUUUGAUUGAUGGCCUUGACAUUUCUGCUAUAGGACUUCAUGAUCUGCGAUCCCGAUUGAGCAUCAUCCCUCAAGAUCCAACUAUGUUUGAGGGGACUGUGCGAAGCAACCUUGAUCCACUUGAAGAGUACACGGAUGAACAGAUUUGGGAGGCUCUAGAUCGAUGCCAACUUGGGGAUGAAGUUAGGAGAAAGGAAGGAAAGCUUGACUCGAAAGUGGCUGAAAAUGGAGAGGACUGGAGCAUGGGUCAGAGGCAGCUGGUCUGUCUAGGAAGGGUGAUAUUGAAGAGGAGCAAGAUCUUGGUACUUGAUGAAGCAACUGCUUCAGUCGAUACUGCGACCGACAACCUGAUUCAACAAACACUAAGGCAACAGUUCUUGGAUUGUACAGUCAUCACUAUAGCACAUAGGAUAACAUCUGUUCUCGAUAGCGACAUGGUCUUGCUUCUUGAUGAUGGUUUGGUUGUGGAACAUGACUCGCCAACAAAACUGUUAGAAAACAAAUCAUCUUCAUUUUCAAGACUCGUCUCUGAGUACACUGAGAGGUCAAGCUCAAGUUUUGAAACUUGAACAGUUUCGUAAAUGGCUGGUGAUGGUUGGUCUGCAUUUAGUUGAUACAUGACCUCGAUUGAUCGAUGAUGGUGAUAAUGGGAUGUGAUUAUAUUCAAGACGUCUUCUCUCUUGUGCUGCAAGCACAUAAGCAUUUCCUUAAUAUUCUAACUGAAAGAAGAAUCCCAUGUUUUUGUC